AUGCCUCAGUCUAUUGUCUUUGACAAUGGACCACAGUUUGAAACACCUAAGCUCCGAGAAUGGCUGGCCGACCAGGAUAUUAAAGCUCACUUUGCGGCCAUUGCCCAUCCUCAGGCAAAUGGGCAGGUCGAAGCUUUCAACAAAAUUCUCUCAAGUGGCAUAAAAAAGAAACUAGACAAUGCCAAGGGAUUAUGGGUAGAAGAGUUGCAGCUGAUUCUUUGGUCAAUUAGAACAACGGCUAAAAUCUCAACUGGGGAAACUCCAUUUAUGCUCGUCUAUGGCUUAGAAUCCGUCCUCCCCAUUGAAAUAGAAGAGCCAACCCUGCGAGUCAUGCUUUAUACAGAAGACGCUAACUGGGCUGCUCUUCGCAUAACUUUGGAUCAGGUUCCUGAAGUUAGGGGCAAUGCUCUAUUGAGAAUGCAGCUGUAUAAGCUAUGA